GACAAUGGAAGGGGCAUCACUGCCACCGGGUUUUCGGUUCCAUCCCACCGAUGAGGAACUGUUAGGAUAUUACCUCAAAAGAAAAACUCAAGGACUUGAAAUUGAGCUUGAAGUCAUCCCUGUGAUUGAUUUGUACAAGUUUGAUCCUUGGGAGUUGCCUGAGAAAUCAUUCCUUCCGAAACGAGAUUUGGAGUGGUUCUUUUUCUGUCCCAGGGACCGAAAGUAUCCAAACGGGUUGAGAACAAACCGAGCCACUAAAGCUGGCUAUUGGAAAGCCACCGGAAAAGAUAGGAAAGUUGUGUGCCAAUCUGCUGCUGUGACUGGCUACCGUAAGACCCUAGUUUUCUAUCGGGGACGUGCUCCUUUAGGUGAUAGAAUGGAUUGGGUCAUGCAUGAGUAUCGGCUCUCUGAUGAACCUUCUCAGGGAUCGACUAAUCAGGGUGCUUUUGCCUUGUGCCGCGUUGUGAAAAGGAACGAAUCCAAUGCGAGUGAUGCGCACAGAGAACCAAAAGCCACGAGGGUGGGGAGCAGUUCGGCCAAUGAGGAACUUACUGCCUCACCAAGGAUCAGCAAGGAGCCAUUGAGCAAUUCUGGUGACAUUUCGUGUCAAACAAGUUACCCUAACAAUGAGAGUCGUUAUUCAAGCCCUAUUGCUUCUCCUUAUCCUAAUGAAGUUACACAAGUGCCACCAUUCGAGCCUGUUUCCACGGCUACCGAUCCUAGCAGCAUCUGGGUCUCACCUGAUCUAAUUCUUGAUCCUUCAAAGGAUUAUCCACAAAUAUGUGAAAUAGCAUCCCAAUACUUCCCGCAGUAUGAGAUUCCAAGCUCACUGACCCCAUGGCAGCAAUACAAACAGAUAGACUUCUCCACUAGUUCAUCAUACUCGAAUUUGGGGGAAAUAAAGCAUGAUGCCCUCAGUCGCAUUGGCUGCAUGCUACCGUACUUGGGACAUGCAAAUUCCAUGGACUUCUAUGGCAAUGAAGGCUAUGACCAGGCUGGUUCAUGUUACCACCUGAACCCUUUGUGAAAAAGGAAGGAAAGAAGACA